AUGACGGUGUUCCACAAGUGUAAAGAUGUUGAGGACACGUGCGUUGAGCUGGAGAGCCACUGCGCGGAGCUGAAUGUAGGCGAGGAGAAGAUCAUGAUGGUGCAAAGGCAGCUGCAACAGCUCACGAGCAAGACCGUGGCGACGGCAGUCAAAGUGCAGGCAGAGAAGCAUGUCAGCCAGUCGGAGAGCACCCUCAAAGAAGAGAUCCGUCAGCUACGGGAGUCGACGGACAAGCACAACCGGAAGGAGGAAGAAAUGUUGAGGAAGAUCCGCAUGUUGGAAGAGGCGUUGAGUGAGUACAAAACGGUCGGCCUCGACGGGGUGCCCAAGUUCUGCGCGAUGGCCCGGAAGACCUCGGGCUGCGAGGUAUGGCAGCAGGAUUUGCAGGUGUCCAGCAGCCCCGCGAUCAUGAAGCACCCCCACAUUCUGCAGGACCUGCUGGUCAAGGUCGCGUCGUGCAACGCGGCAGCGACGGCCGCAGCCCUGGCGGCGAAAAAGGCCGCGGCCGAGCCCGCCGCGGAGCCGGCGCCCGCUGCGGCGGAGAAGCCGGAGGCCAAGGUGGAGGAGGCGGCGGACAAGCCGGCCGACUCGAAGUCCACGCAGAAGGCCAGCACGAAGGCGGAGACCAAGGCGGAAAAGGCCUUUUCCGCC